CUUUUCACCUGAAAAAUUAAUAAUAAAAAAUAAAAACAAACAAGCGUGUUCUUUCUAGCGAAUAUCAAACAAAACAGAAAUAAUUAAUAAUCAAAUAAAUGCGCAUUAAAAACAAUGUUAAUAAAAGAUUGAGAUGAAACGAGAACAUAUAUACUACUCAAAAACUUGGAGAUGAUGAAGGCAGAAGGUUAGAUGGAAUCUGAGAGAUACGCUAGCGUGAAUGGCCGAAAUCUCAAUCUUCACAACUGUUACUGGAGCCUGGUCGUCCGUCCAUUUGGAUUGGAGACCCAAGAGGACGGCCGAAUCUACAACUCCGGAAGUCAUCAGACGCUUGAAAUUUUGGAAUCGGACAGCUGGACGCGAGACAAAGCCAGUCGUACGUGGAUGGAGUACUGAUGUCACUUGGGAUGAUGAUUAUGAUUCCCAAGGGCGGCGGUGGAGUAGUGACUGGACGGCCGGCAGUAGCGUGGUGGUGACACCAGUGCUGCCACCGCCGUCCAGAGAAGAUUUCGAGGAGUCGGUGCGAAAUCUGGUGUGCAAGGAGAGGAACCACAUGCCCCAGCCGGGCUAUGUCGAGUACCUUGAAUCCAACCCACUGGUUUACAAUGCCAGGUUUAACGCCAUUUCCUGGAUGAUUGAGUGUAGAAGGCGGCUGAAUAUCUCGUUAGAAAGUGUAUUUUGUGCAGCUAAUUACAUUGACCGCUUCAUAUCAACCAGAAAUUGUAAAGGAUGGGAGUGUCGUACGUUUGAUUUGCUAGCAAAAGCAUGCUUGUACGUCGCCUCCAAGUUCAACGAUACCGAUCCCCCUUCCCUCCAUGCAAUUCUUCAGGUUUACCCUUAAUUUGGCUGGCUUUAUCAUCGUGCAUGCAUCACAUAUCCAUCACUAGUAUAUAUCUUAAACAAUUAAUUCAAGAAUAUAGAUCAUAUAGUCAAAAAAUAUAUUCUUUCUAUAAAAAUGAAAUGACAUGACUAUGUUUUUUUUUGUCAAUCGAAUAUCUUGAAAAUCAGUGAAGAAGAUGAAUAAUGUUUGACCAAAUAU